AUGGCCAUCAGAACCACUUCUCUCCUCUUGACUAUUCUCUACGUCACCGGGCUAGUCCUAAGUGCCCCGACAGCAAGGGACGGCUCUUCACCCCUUGCCGCCAUCACAAAGCACUCCCAAGCUGCAUCUAAGCGAGACUCGUCGGCGGAUCCCAAGAAAUAUCGUGUUGUCAGAGUUGACAAGGCUCUGUGGGAAAAGGUAUCCAAGAUUGACCAGCCGACGAAAUCCUUCCUCGACGCAACUCUGGAGCUUCUAGAGACGAGCCAAAACACCGAGGUUGUGCCCGUCUUUCCCUCUGACAAGGGGGAAUCCGUCAUCGUUGACACCGACGGCGAUUUGAUGGCGUCGUAUGGCCAGGAUAAGUUUGUUCCUAUCUGGAGCCGCGAGAAAAAGCACCACGACGGCUUCCAUCGCCACCGUGCCUCUGGCCAACAGCCUGCUCUCUUCAUCUUGGGAUUUUCUCUGGCACUUGCCCUUGUUUGCUCUUGCAUGAGAAAUUUGUACCGCCCACAAGAUGAUUCUGAGAGACAAGAACCUGAGCCUAGUGCGGUCGAAAAAGGGUUGGACUCCAAGAAGGAGCAGCCGUAG